GGUCCUUGCCUGUGUGUGCGCCUCUGUCCCCGCCUCCUGGCCACCUCAGCCCAGGAGCCGAGGAGGGAAGCUGAGCGGCCGAGGCUCCCGCCGCUGCCUCUGCUCCAGCCAGGAUGUGGCUCCUGCACACUCUGCUCUGCGUGACCAGCCUGGCUCCUGUGGCUGCCUUCAACGUGGAUGUGGUCCAGACCUGGGUGACUCCCGAGGGAGGCGCCCCCUACGUGCUCAGCUCCCUUCUGCACCAAGACUCCAGCACCAACCAGACCUGGCUUCUGGUCACCAGCCCCAGUACCAGCAGGACAGCAGAGCCCCUGCAUCGAUGUUCCCUUGCCCACGAUGAGCUCCAUUGCCAACCAGUUGAGCAUGUCCCCAUCCCAAAAAGGAGGUACCGGGGAGUGACAGCUGUCCGGAACCAGCAUGGUGUUUUGAUCUGCAUUCAAGUGCCGACCCGGCAGCCCCACAGCCUCAGCUCAGAGUUCACGGGUAACUGCAGCCUGCUGGCUCCUGACCUCCAGCCCCGGGCCCAGGUUUACUUCUCCAACCUUGAGAGUCUCCUGGAUCCCGAUGCCCAUGUGGAUGCUGGAGUCUGCUCCAGGAACAAAGAAGGCAGCACGGAGAACAGAGCCAGGCAGCGCCGGGCUCUGAAGGUGGAGAAGGAGGAGGAAGAGGAGGAGGAGGAGGAGGAGGAGGAGGGAGCAGGUACCGAGAUCGCCAUCAUCCUGGAUGGCUCAGGAAGCAUCGAUCCCCCAGACUUCCAGAGAGCCAAAGAUUUCAUCUCCAACAUGAUGAAGAACGUCUAUGAGAAGUGCUUUGAGUGCAGCUUUGCCCUGGUGCAGUACGGGGCAGUCAUCCAGACGGAGCUUGACCUUCAGGACAGCCAAGACGUGACGGCCUCCCUCGCCAGAGUCCAGAGCAUCACUCAAGUGGGCAAUGUCACCAAGACUGCCUCUGCCAUGCAGCAUGUCCUAGACAACAUCUUCACCCCAAGCCAUGGCUCCAGAAGAAAGGCCUCCAAGGUCAUGGUGGUGCUCACCGAUGGGGACAUAUUCGGGGACCCCCUCAACCUCACGACUGUGAUCAAUUCCCCAAAGAUGCAAGGUGUUGAGCGCUUUGCCAUUGGGGUGGGAGAUGCGUUUAAGAAUAACAAGACCUAUGAGCAACUGAAGCUGAUCGCCUCAGAGACCCCUGAGGCCCACGCCUUCAAGGUGACCAACUACAUGGCGCUGGAUGGGCUGCUGAGCAAAUUGCAGCAGAGCAUCAUUCGCGUGGAAGGCACGGUCGGAGAUGCCCCCCACUACCAGCUGGCACAGGUCGGGUUCAGCGCCCAGAUCCUGGACGAGGGACAGGUGCUGCUCGGAGCUGUCGGGGCCUUUGAUUGGUCGGGGGGUGUGCUGCUCUAUGACACAAAUAAAUGUCGGGGCCAUUUCCUGAACCAGACAGUGGUGGAUGCCAAGGCUGCGCAAUAUGGUUACCUGGGUUACUCGGUGGCUGUGCUGCACAAGCCCUCUGGCCUCGCCUAUGUGGCGGGGGCUCCACGGCACAGGCAGAGAGGGGCUGUGUUUGAGCUCCAGGAGGGCAGAGAGACUGACUUCGUGCCAGUGCUGGAGGGCGAGCAGAUGGGGUCCUAUUUUGGCUCUGAGCUGUGCCCUGUGGACAUUGACAUGGAUGGGACCACGGACUUCUUGCUAGUGGCAGCUCCAUUCUACCACGUUCAAGGAGAGGAGGGCAGAGUCUACAUGUACCGUGUGAACAAGCAGGACGGUUCCUUCUCCUUGGAGCACGAGCUGAUCGGGCAUUCCAGGUUAAUAUAUGCCCGAUUUGGCUUUGCCAUGGCAACGGUGGGGGAUAUCAGUCAGGACAAGCUCACAGAUGUGGCCAUCGGGGCCCCCCUGGAGGACUUUGGAGCAGAUGAUGGCGCAGGUUUUGGCAGCGUGUACAUCUACAAUGGACGUUCUACCAACCAGCUGGUUAACCUCUCUACCAGCUGGUCACAGAGGAUCAGAGCCUCAGCAGUGGCCCCAGGACUCCACUACUUCGGCAUGUCUGUGGCCGGUGGCUUGGAUUUCAGUGGCGACGGCCUUGCUGACAUCACCGUGGGCGCUCUGGGCCGGGCAGCUGUGCUCCGCUCAAGACCUGUGGUUCCUCUGAAGGUGUCCAUGAACUUCACCCCCAACGCACUGCCCAUUGGCUUCAGUGGCAGCGUGAAUGCAUGUUUGUGGUUUGAAAUCAGCUCUGAGACCACAGCUGCCAAGUCAGGCCUCAGAGAGACCGUUCUGAACUUCACGCUGGACCUGGAUGUGAUGAUGCCGCGGAAAAGGCUGCAGUGCUUGGACGAGAGGGCGUGUCGGGGCAGCCUCCAGGACUGGGACGCUGGGCCCCGUCUCUGCAAGCCUUUCCUGCUCAUCCCCACAGAGGGACAGCUCUGUCAGGAGGACUGCUUCUCCAACAUCAGCAUCAAGGUCAGCUACCAGCUCCAGACCCCUGAGGGCCGGAGGGACCACCCUCAGCCUGUCCUGGACUUAUACACUGAGCCCUCCACCAUCUUCCAGCUGCCCUAUGAGAAGGCCUGCAAGAAUAAGCUGUUUUGUGUCGCAGAGUUACAGUUGGCCACCACCGUCUCUCAGCAGGAAUUAGUGGUGGGUCUCACAAAGGAGCUGACCAUGAACAUCAGCCUAACUAACUCCGGGGAAGAUUCCUACAUGACAAGCAUGGCUGUGAAGUACCCCAGGAACUUACAGUUUAAGAGGAUACAAAAGCCACCUUCUCCAAACAUUCAGUGUGAUGACCCUAAGCCAGCGGCUUCGGUCCUGGUCAUGAACUGCAAGAUUGGGCACCCCAUACUCAAGAGGUCAUCUGUAACCCUUUCAUUAGCUUGGCAGCUGGAGGAGAGCACCUUCCCAAACAGGACAGCCAAUAUCACUGUGAUGAUCAACAAUUUCAACGAAAGAAGGUCUCUGGUCAGUAAGACCCACAGCCUUCAAUUCAAGCAUGCCUUCAUCGCAGUUCUUCCCAAGCCAUCGGUGAUGUACAUGAACACAAGCCGUGGGCUUUCUGACCACAAAGAGUUCCUCUUCAAUAUACACGGGGAGAACCUCUUUGGAGCAGAGUUCCUGCUGAAAAUCUGUGUUCCGAUCAAAUUACAAGGUCUUCACCUUGUAAGAGUGAAGAACCUGACCAAGACUCAGGCUCACACUGUGUGCACUCAGACCCGGGAGCGUGUUUGCGGGAGCGAUCCGGUUCAGCUUGUGGAAGAAUGGCAUUCAGUGAGCUGUAACAUCUCCUCGGAUAAAGAAAAUGUAACCGUGGCUGCAGAGCUCUCCUUCAGUCAAUCAGAGCAGUUACCAAGAGAUGUAACUGAGCUGCAGAUCCUUGGUGAAAUAUCUUUCAACAAGUCUCUCUAUGAGGGGCUGAAUUCAGAGAACCACAGAACUAAGAUCACUGUCAUCUUCCUGAAAGAUGAGGAGGCAUAUUCCCUGCCUCUCAUCAUUAAAAGCAGUGUUGGUGGCCUUCUGGUUUUGAUCGUGAUUGUAGUCAUCCUAGUCAAGUGUGGCUUUUUUAAAAGAAAAUACCAACAGCUGAACUUGGAGAGCAUAAGGAAGGACCAGCUGAAGUCAGAGAGCCUGCUCGAUGAAGAAAAUUAGGACCGGCUUCUUCAUCUGGUGGGAGAGUAUCUGCCUGUCCCUGAACUUCUGGAGACCUGGUGUCAUACUGGCUGCUUUUCCUUUAGGGUGAUGGAGAGCAGGAGCUAACAGAUUGUGGAAUGUUGUUUUAAAACCAUACAUUGUCCCCAAAGUGUCUGUGUAUUGUGCAAAAAAGAAACCGGGGAAGCAUUUGGUAUUAAAUAAAGUUACACUGUUUUCUUUACAGAAGCACCUUUCGUAAGUAAA